AUGAUGCCCUCUUCUGGCAAGUUUCUAGUGCGAGAACUCGUCCUUGACAACUGCAGAUCAAAUGAAGGGAAAAUCGAAGGCCUCACAGCGGAAUUUGUUAAUCUUGAGUUUCUAAGUUUGAUAAAUGUCGGUCUACUCUCGGUCUCCAACCUCCCCAAGCUCGGAAAGCUUAAAAAGUUGGAGCUCAGCGACAACAGAAUCUCUGGCAGCCUUGAUGUUUUAGCUGAAAAACUCCCCAAUCUCACACAUCUAAACCUAAGCGGCAACAAACUGAAGGACAUCAGCACGCUGGAACCCUUGAAAAAACUCGACCAUCUGAAGAGUCUCGACCUUUUCAAUUGCGAAGUCACAAACUUGAACGACUACCGGGAAAGCGUCUUCAGGCUCCUCCCACAGCUCGUUUAUCUGGACGGCUACGAUUUGGACGACCGCGAGGCGUCGGACUCUGACGGAGAAGCUGACGGAGUCGAUGAUGACGAUGAUGAAGAUGGAGAAGAGGAGGAUGAGGAUGGAGAGGAGGAUGAGUUUGAUGAAGACGACGAUGAUGAUGAAGAUGAGGUUGAAGGCGAGGAGGACGAUGAGGAGGGCAGUGGAGAGGAUGAGGAGGAAGAAAUUGGUCAGGAUGGAGAAGUAGAAGAUGAUGAUGACGAUGAUGACGACGAUGAUGAAGGUGAGUUGUAUUCAGGGAUUAAAGUUCCCUCUCCAGCUUGA